ACCAGCCAACGUCCGGGAAAAACGAGUAAGUAUCGGUUCCUCUGCCAAUCCCCGCCGGCCACAGCUAACUUUCCCGCCCGGCCCCUUUCUGUCACUAAUUGAGGUGUCCCCAACCAGCCAAUCAGGAGAGCGAGAGCAUCCCGCGUUUGCUUUCGUUCGCCUAGGCGCGUAUCAGUCGGAAUUUUGGGGAGCCAACCGCUCCGUCUGUCCUUGGCGUGCCAGCGGCGUUUUAGAGGAGGUGGCGGGAAGCCUGUGUGUGCUCGAAUUCGUCACCCUCAUGGUCGCUCCAGUGGCUUGGCUGGAGGACAAGCAAAUUGAGGACACUGGCAAUGAAGUGAUCAAAAUGAUAGGUCAUGAGGCCUAAAAUAAAUAGGGAAAAGAAGUGAAGUGGGAGAGGCUGAGCACAAGAGCAGGUUAGGGGCUGUAAAUCUUGAAGAUUAGGGUAUAAUGUGAGUCUAUGAGUAAGAGUUGAAAGAAUUGUAUAAGAGGUAGUAGUGAAAAAGUAGGAGCAGUUUGGAAGAGUAGUUACAAAUAUCAAGAGCCAGUUGGCUCAGAGGUGGAGGUGUAGAUCAUUGAAGCUCAAGAAACUAAGUCUCUAGGGCAUUGGUUAAGCCAGCUGUCUAGACUUCAAAGUUGUCUAGGAUGAUAACAAUUCAGAAGACUGGUCUGUGCCAAAGUCACAGGUAAGGAAAAUGAGCAAUGAGGAGGGGAAAAGAGAGGGUAUAGGCUAAUGGAAGGAGCCUCAGAGAGGCAAGAAUUUAUAUCCUGUUGUGGAAGUGGCAUCAGGCAUAAAGGAACAAAAACUCCUUUUGUUUAUUUGCUUCCUUGUUUGCUAUCUGUGGUGUGAUAUGUUACUUCCCGCAGAAGAUUUUUUUUUUUUCCAAGUGAAUUAUUUUAUUUUUCCAUUUGCAGAUUUUUCACAAUCGAAAAUAACAUAGCAAAAUAAACCAAGAUGUCUGUGGAUCCAAUGACCUAUGAGGCCCAGUUUUUUGGCUUCACGCCACAAACAUGCAUGCUUCGGAUCUACAUUGCAUUUCAAGACUACCUAUUUGAAGUGAUGCAGGCCGUUGAACAGGUUAUUCUGAAGAAGCUGGAUGGCAUCCCAGACUGUGACCUUAGCCCAGUGCAUAUUCGCAAAUGCACAGAGAAGUUUCUUUGCUUCAUGAAAGGACGUUUUGAUAACCUUUUUAGCAAAAUGGAGCAACUGUUUUUGCAGCUGAUUUUACGUAUUCCCCCAAACAUCUUGCUUCCUGAAGAUAAAUGUAAGGAGACACCUUAUAGUGAGGAAGAUUUUCAGCAUCUCCAGAAAGAAAUUGAACAGUUACAGGAGAAGUAUAAGACUGAAUUAUGUACUAAGCAGGCCCUUCUUGCAGAAUUAGAAGAGCAAAAAAUUGUUCAGGCCAAACUCAAGCAGACAUUGACUUUCUUUGAUGAGCUUCAAAAUGCUGGCAGAGAUCAUGGGACUAGUGAUUUUAGGGAGAGUUUAGUGUCCCUGGUUCACAACUCCAGAAAACUCCAAAACAUUAGAGACAAUGUGGAAAAGGAAUCGAAACGAUUGAAAAUAUCUUAGUUGCCAAAUAGUCAAAAGGAGGAGCUUGUCAAAAAGUAGAAUCACAAGGAAUUUAUACCAGUGACUGUUCAAACCAACCAUACUUUUUUUAGAUUUGCUUUGUCAACUCUUUGUUGUAUUCUGUGUCUUCCUCUUUAUUGGUCCACUUUCUUGAGGUAUGUGUGUACUACUUUGAACUAGGCUAAAGCAUCUGUUCCUUGGAGUCUUAUAAGUGGGAAGGGAUCAAACAAAUGAAGCCAUGGCCAGUUAAAGAUUAUUUGCAGAGUUGUAUCUUGGUCAUAAGUUCUUUGUGACCUUGAUUAUUUUGACUUAUUUUUUGGAUGAGACCAGGUGAGAAAGGGAUUAAACAGGCGGCUCUUUUAUUAUUUUUUUAUUUUUUUGAGACAGGGUCCCGUUCUGUUACCCAGGUUAGAGGAGAGUGCAGUGGCACAAUCUUGGCUCAUUGCAAUCUCUGUGUCCCAGGUUCAAGUGAUCCUCCUGCCUCAGCCUCCCAAGUAGCUAGGACCACAGGUGUGUGCCACCAUGCUUUGCUAAUUAAAAAAAUUUUUUUUGUAGAGAUGAGGCUUCACUAUAUUGCCCAAGCUGAGUGGCUUUUUUACUAACUAGUCAUUUCACUGCAGGACAGCCAACACAGAGUAUUUGCUUUUGCCCUGUAAAGUUUCUUACAUGAGGGAAUCAAUAUAUAGCUGAAAGAAGCAUGUAGCAAAAAAGACAACCUUGAUCUUUAAUAAAGAAGAAAGAAGUUGGUUUUGUUUCCAAAAUAAAUCCUUCCCCUGACAAAAACCCUGGUGAUGUUAAACAAUGUUCUAUCUUAGAGUCCAGCAGAAGACCUUAGAUUAAAAAAUGCAGAGCCCACUGAAAUAGAAAAGGAAGCAUAUUAGCAUACUCAGUAGUGAAAUUUCAUUUUACUGUUAAGUAUUUAUGCCAAUUUCUUUUCAUACUUCAUUUGGUUUUGGAAUCUGCCUUAUACGUAAUUAAUUAUUCACACUGAUAAGCAUCAAAUAUUUAAUGCCCUCAGUGGGAAAUUUUAGCUGUGUCUUGUAUUUAAACUCAAUGGAAUCUAAUAUUUCUUUAUGUAAUUAGUCCUUGUAAAAUGUUAUGUCACCCAAGGAAAUGGGAGAAAUAGCAGUGGUUGCUCCUAAGGUAAUGCUUGCCCUCCAUAUCUUCCUAAAGAACAGGACUUGGAGUUUCUCCUUUAUGUAGAGAAGAAGUAACUUAGGGUGUAUUUGUAAUGAAAUAUUCAUAGAUAUAGAAAGCUUAUAUGUACAUGAAAUAUGUUUAUUAUCAAGAAGUCCUUUUUCCAGUUCCGUACAUUAAAUAUAUGUGUUUUAAAGGG